CUCGUUACACUUCGAAUGAAUUGUUCAGACCGGUUUGUGAAUCGUUUCAACUGGAUCAUUGAAGAGAUUCAACUCAAAAGAACGAUUCGGUCACGUCAGUUUCCAACGAGUCAUUCUGUCACACUGUGCGUGCUGUAGCGGUUGAGAAACUAAUUUGAAGCCGAAAUGAAGGACCGUCUGGGCGAUUUAACAGCCCUCCGCCAUGGCAUUAUCAUCACCGCUCCUGCGGAGUCCAGUGCUUUCUUAGAGGAAUUCCUCCCUAAGGUCAAUGAGGUUCAGCAACUUAUCGAGAGAAUUUCCCUCUGUGUGGAAGAAGUGAAGCUGAGACAUAGUACCAUUUUGACAGAAAUCAACCCACCGAAUAAUGUGAGAGAGGAACUUGAGCAGUUUAACAGUGACAUCAAGCAGACAGCCGAUGCAAUCAAGGUUAAACUAAAAGAUUUAGAAGGAACAUUCUCAGAAAAUGAGAAUGCUAACAGCAGCUCUGUGUACUGCCGCAUCCAGAGUACUCAGCACACAGUACUUUCACUGAGGUUUGCAGAAAUAAUGAAUAUGUACAAUCAAGAACUGCUAUCUUUCCGGACAAGGAGUAAAGAUUGGAUACAAAGACAGCUGGAGAUCAGUGGCAAGGUCAUCACUGAAGAGGAGGCUGAGGUUUUGCUGCAAAGUAACACCCCUGCUGUCUUUACCUCAAACAUCAACUCUGGCUCCUGCAUCACGGGGCAAGCACUGAAUGAGAUUGAGUUACGGCAUAAGGACAUUCUCUAUCUGGAGGCCAGCAUUCAAGAGCUGCAUAGCAUGUUUAUGGAUAUUGCUAUGUUAGUCAAUAGUCAGGGUGAAAUGGCAAACAACAUAGCAAAGACUGUAAUGAAAGCUGGAAACUAUGUAGAUCAAGGGAAAGAGAAUAUGGAAAAAGCUGCUGAUUACAAGAAGUCCUGGGGAAUAAGAUUGCCUUUUUUCAAGAGCAAAGCAAAACCAGCUACCACCAAGGGCUCUUGAAUGAAUUUUGAACUUUGGAACUUUUGGACUCUGUAUACUGCUUGCUUUUGUGUUCUAUGAAGAUGAGGGAUUCAUACUCCUUGUCUUUUCUGAAAAAAAACCCCCGUCAUGCCACAGUUCUUAUUCUAUACCCUGUAUGUUUUGAUUAAGCUUGCUGUCAAAUUGCCUUUUUCUGACACAAUAUGAAAACAAUCAAUUUGUUUCAGUUCUUUGGAUUAUUUAAGAUCUACACCACCACUUUCAAUAUAAUCUAAAUAUUUUUCAGAUUGAGGUGUUUACAUAAAGGCUUUUCAGUCCAA